CGUGAACAAAUUGCGUUUUCACAGGAUGAUGAAAACGGCCCUGCGAAGCGAUGCUGCCGGUUCAUUCGAUCGGUCGGCGGCAUUUAUGGGCCACGAGUAUGCCCUGGAGGCGGAAGAGUGCGCCCAGGCCGGAAAUUUGCGGAGGGCCGAGCAGUUGGAGCGACUUGCCAGCAGCAGUUAUCUUCGCGCGAUGGACUCAGUACGUCAAGAAGACAAAAAGACACGUGCAGCAUUAAAGCUCAUUGCGGACAACCACGAGCAGCGCGCAAUGCGGUGGCAUCGGACGCUGACGAUGAAUCAGAGCCCGCACGCUGCUACCACUGCAGCAGCUGUGGGUCCCUCCCACAUCGUAACCACCACGGCAACACCGACACCUUCCGAGCGGUACGGACCAUUUGAUCUUAUGCCGCCGACCAAUGACCCAAACACCACGUCCACCGCAACGACACACGCAGACGACGACAAGAGCCUCUCCCUUCGAACAGCUGCGUCGGAAAUGGAGGAGCUUUAUGAACGGCUCAAGGAGCUGGGCCUCGGACCAUCUGCAUCGCGAGGCCAUCCCUCGCAGCCGCACCACCAUGCCCAGAAUUCUCAUCAAAGUAUGCCACAGCAACAACAUCUCAUGAAGCAGCACUUGAGUUCGGAUUUGGGCGACUCGUUCUGUUUGUUGCCGAAGGCUUCUCUGGGAAAAGCACCGUCGUCGUCAUUGGCGGCCCAUCGAGUUGACGGCGGCGCGACGCUCAAGGCGGCUGCUGCCCACCGCAUGAAGAACCAGCGCGAAAUGUUAAUGGAAAAGCAGGGGAGCCGGAGAAGCUUUGAUCACGCGCUCACCACUCCAGAGAAGGCCAUGCAUCAGCCGUCCGCAUCGCCUGCUUCUGCCGAGCGAACGACAUCGUCCGACGGCUCCAUGGACGUCGAGAUUGACCAGCUACGGACGGCGUUGGCGCACCAGAAGUUUGAGGCGAAUCGGUUGAUGCACACAAUCAAGACGCUCGGGAGUGAAAACGCCAGGCUCAUUCAGGACACCGAGUCGAUGGCGCGGCUGCGCGAGGAGAACAAGCGGCUCGUGCAUGCCAUGGACGAGUUCAAGGCCGAGUACCAUCAAAAGUUCGCCGUGCUCAAGCGAGCACUGGAGGAGUGGUGGCGCCAGGAUGCGACCAACCAGAGCCAGCGCAGCCACGACACGUCGAGGCAGUCGAUGUACGUCCGAGUCUAGAAAACGGCAUGCCUGAACACGCGCCGUGUAGGGAAGCGUUGGAAAGCAAGAUGGAAGCAGAUUUGCAGAUCUUGCGGGACGAAUUGGCAGCUGAAAAGGAAGCCAGUCGUCAAAAGGUAUGGCGCGUGCAUGUUGCUCGUAUGAUCAUGGCGGUGGUCGCAGGACGUGCAGCUGCAACGAUACGAAUCCUGGUUCAAGUCGCUCAAGGCGUCGGCGAAAGCAAAGCAGCAGACCCGCGAGUUGAAUGCUGGGGGCGACAGUGGACGCAACUCGAUGACGUCGUCGUUUGAAGUAAACCAAAUGCCGCCGGCCACGUCGACGACGCGGCGGGAGCUGUAAUCGCCUCGAUCGCGCAUCGUGCGCACACUGUAUGGGCCAACAACUCACGGUUUUGGUCGUCUGCGUUGGGAUUAUCAUGGCAAGGACUACAAAAUACCAUAGUUUCGCUCGAACGCGUUGAGCAGGCGACUGAUUGCCUGCGCUCCACUCAUCUACCGCGACAGAUCAGGACAAAGCAGCACGGCGAGCAAGACGAACCGGGUACUCGGACAGCGAGAUCAUUUCGUCCACCUACGGAGGAAGUGUGUGUGACAAUGGAAUGACAUGGACGAAUCAAGACGAACGUAUGGGCACAUUUCUUUGGUAAUGUGGCCGUGCGCCAUGGCGCCGAGUACAAACACGACAGGUUCUUUGGGAAGCUCUGCCGCAAACUCCCAAGGAUCGACGAGGUCGCCGGUGACGGAGCAGCCUGGUGGACAGGAUAAGAAGCGAUGGACGGAACGACGACAUGUACCAUA